AUGGAGGCAGCUUCCGCAAGAAUGGCGGCACGAGACAGGUUCUCUAUGAUGGGAGAUCCAGGACCCUCCCCUCUCCAACGAUAUAUCCAGCAAGCUUGUUCCCCUGAAAAUUACGAGCCAAAUCUUGCUAUGAACCUCGAAAUUUCCGACCUUAUCAACUCGAAAAAGGGAAAUGCGCCACGGGAAGCAGCUAUUGCAAUUGUCAAUUAUAUUAAUCAUCGCAAUCCAAAUGUUGCGAUAUUAGCACUUGUCUUGUUGGACAUUUGUGUCAAGAAUUGCGGUUAUCCAUUUCAUUUGCAGAUCAGCACAAAAGAGUUUUUGAAUGAAUUGGUGAGGAGGUUCCCGGAACGACCACCUGUCAGACCGAGUAAAGUCCAGAUGAAGAUCUUGGAAGCUAUCGAGGAAUGGAGGGGAACGAUAUGUCAGACUUCGAGAUACAAAGAGGAUUUAGGUUUCAUAAGGGAUAUGCAUAGGUUAUUAAGUUACAAAGGAUAUGUAUUUCCGGAAGUUAGAGUAGAGGAUGCUGCGGUGCUCAAUCCAAGCGAUAAUUUAAAAUCCGCCGAAGAGAUGGAGGAAGAAGAAAAGGCGGCACAAUCUGCGAAAUUGCAAGAAUUAAUUCGUCGUGGUGGUCCCGAGGAUUUGCAAGAAGCCAACAGGUUAAUGAAAAUUAUGGCUGGAUACGAUACCAGGUCGAAAACGGAUUACCGAGCCAAGGCAGCAGAAGAAGUUGGAAAAGUACAACAGAAAGCGAGAUUGCUGGAAGAACGUCUGGAAGAAUUCAAGCCUGGAGAUGUUAUGACGGAGGGUGAUGUCUACGAAGAACUUGCAUCAGCUCUUCAAAGUGCUCACCCCAAAAUACAAAAGAUGUGCGAAGAGGAAUCGGAUGAUCAUGAAGCUGUCGCAAAGCUUCUUGAAAUUAAUGAUAGUAUCCAUCGUACUGUGGAGCGGUACAAGUUGAUGAAGAAGGGCGAUGUGGAUGCAGCUUCGAAGAUUGCCAAGGGCACCCUUGGUACCAGUACAGGGGUUAGCAAGAAUUCCGCAAAUGAACUUUCCUUGAUCGAUUUUGAUGGAGAGCCGGAGACCAAUGGAAGUUCGUCUAUGAAUAAUGUUCCGGCGAGCACAUCCCAACCAGGUGAUUUAGAAAAUGACUUAUUGGGGCUGUCUAUGGGAGAUUCCUCAUACAGUCAAGAGGGUGGCAUCUCCCUUGGGUUUGGUAACAAUACUAAUAUUCCUGGUCCUGCUUUAAUGUCUUCAACAACUGAAAAUAGUACAGCCAGAGGACCAACGCCAACAAGAUCUCCGGUACCUUCAAAUCUACCCGUGAAACCUGAUUAUUCAGCGUUCUCUGCAUUUGGAUCACAACCCCCUUCCAAAUCCGUUACUCCACAACCAUCCCUCUUUCAACAACAACAACAACAGCAACAAGCUGCAGCCGCGAGACCUCCCCCAUCAAAUAUUGAUCCAUUCGCUGCUCUUACAUCCCCGUCAAGGCAAUCUACCCCUCAACAAUCUGGCUCCAUUUUCGAUUUUGCGAAUCCUAAACCCCCAGUAUCACAUCCAGCGAAUGCCCCAGCACCUGCAGUGGAUGACGAUGAAUGGGCAUUUUCCUCUGCCUUACCCGAAGGUCUUCCAUCUACCAACGAUUUAACCAUUAGUAAUACCAACGUCAAAAUAUCCUUAAAUGCUACUCGCGAACCUACUACACCUGAUGUCAUUACUUUAUCAAUUGCAUUCUCAAAUAAUUCAAACGAACCAAUAUCUGACUUAACAUUUCAAGCCGCAGUCACAAAGGGCUAUACACUCCGACUACAACCUCAAAGUGGACGAAGGCUUAAUCCCCAUCAAAAUUCGGGCAUCACUCAGAAAAUUUACCUUCAGGGUGUGGAGCACGGGAAGGGUGAUCAGGUGAAGAUGAGGUGGAAGUGCUCAUACAAACUUGGUGCACAAAAUUCUAAUGAGCAAGGUGAAAUUGCGAGCUUGGGCAUUUCUUGA